ACAAAAGAUUAACACGGUGUAUUUGCUAUUAAAAUUUUCAAAAGUUAGUUUAAAUGCUUUUGUUUAAUUUAAAGGACAAUUAGUUGUUCAGAGCCUGCUUGGAUGUAUAUGUAACAUGGUCUCGAGAGAUUUAACAGUGAUUGCGAGAAACUCGGUCGAUGGGUUUUAUUAUCCAGGGUAUACCACAUCCCCACGCAUUCCCGUGGAUGUGACUGCAGACAGUGAAGUUUUUGUCAACUUCUGGGCUAUUCGCCCUCAUACUGUGCCCGAGUCUGAAGUGAUACCAAUCCGCGGGGCUUUACCAUGCCCCGAACCUAGGAAAUGGACGUGUGUGUUAGUGGAUGUGAAAUGUCGAUCCACUCAAAUUGACUGCUAUCUACCCGGGAUGGUGGCGGUUCUACCCAUAAGUCUCAGCAUAGAACAUCGGUUUUACACAAUUCUUCUCUUCAAUGGAAACAGAGUAACCAAAACAAGAAGAAAUUUCGUAGUGAUCGGCAGGGAUCAUUACGACAGAAUUGUGAGCUACAUCAACAACCAGAGGAAAAUACGAUAUAAAGAGAUGCUCCUGGAUAGUGUGAAUCCACCAUUAGCAUGCGAGCGGGGUAAACAAGCGAGGUUCAGGCGCAGACCACGGCCGUUCAGCUCAAUGUCUUCCAUAAGCAGCUCACGGCGAUCUGACUCCUCAAAAACGUCUUCACGAAAAAGUGCGAGCUAUGUAGCAACGUCUAGUCGCAGUUUAGUGUCGAGAGAAACUCAAAAGAGGAACUUUCUGGAUGUUUUGGGUAAACGAACACCAUCCAUAUCUUCAUCCUCAACAUCCAGAACAUCAACGAAGGUGACAUCAUCCUCAACAUCCAGAACAUUAACGAAGGUCACAUCAUCCUCCCAAGCAAGCAGUCUGUCAGAAAACACUGUUACACCAAAAAUAUAUACUAAAAUAGGCAAUUUGAGUCGUGGAACUGACGUGCUGGCCCGCUGGCCUGACGAUGGCUGGUACUACUGGGGACGGGUGGAUGGAAGGGCAGCGGGGACUGGAGAUUGCUACAUGGUACGGGACAGUACGGGCUUUGUGGCCUCAAUAGCAGACGAAGAUUUGUUGACUGAGGAGCAACAGAAGUUUCAGGCAAUUCAGCCGAAAGACUACGUGAUUGCACUUCAUCCCAGGUAUGUGUACAGCUACGCCCCUGCCAUGGUGAAGAGCACGUAUACACACGGAGCUCAUGUGAGGUUUUACGACGAGGAGGCGUGCCAACGUCCUUGGUCCGAACUUUUCCAGAUUACGAAAGACAAGUUCAAUCAAUGUGUAGAACACAUCAAACAAUGUGAAAAGAAAAUGACUGCAUUACACGCUAUUGCAUUGGAUCAAUCGAGUGAAUAUUAUAAGCUAGUCCAAAUCGAGUUGGAAGCAGGCAAGCAGCACUAUUUUGUACCCAGCUAUCAAAGCAGUUACAUUAAACAGAAAGCCAUCCAUAUUUUCCCUGUGAAGCAUAUGGGCGUAUCGAGUCAUCACAUCCCGACCUGCCGCUAUGUUCUUGGACCCAAAGAUGAGCAAUGUACACGUUACCUUGCCGCAGAGGUCCAUAAGCACAUAUCUCAACGAACUGAAGACAACCAAGAAACAAAUACGUCAUUGUACUCGCUCACAUUCUGCGAUGGGACUGUGAGGACGCUUGGCAGCUUGGAUAAGUGUUUCUAUCUUAGCGAGGACUACUAUCGGUACGCCAAUAGCUUCUACCACCACCAAACAUCUCAGGACAGAGAAUGAUCAUAUAGUCUACUUAAAACUAGAUAUAUUUAAGGAUUUUAUAACGUCAUGAUUUGAGCGGAGCUUCUUAAAUUUUCACAAUGUAACUCCUAUUGACUGCUUACCGAUAUUACCAAUACUUCGUGAUACUUUAUUUGACUCGUAAGUUUAUAUACUACUCAAAAUUUCCUAAGGGUCACUUUUUAGUUUCACAUAAUCUUCAAUUUAUGGAAUUUAAUUUAAAUUGUUAUUUUGCAGGUUUUGGUAUGAUAUGUGUUUUUGAUUUUAUUUUUAUGUAUUGAUUUAUCAUUGGUUCGUGACGCUGGCUGAAUCUAGCUAGGGGUGAACUUCAAAUUACACAUACUAUAAAAAGUGGUACUUAGCAAAUUUUGAGAAGUAUAUCAUGUUUUAAUUUAUUGUAGUGUUUACAUAAAUGUAUAUUUAAAAGCAGUAAAAAUAACAACAUAAACUAUUCGCAAUAACUUUAAUCUCAGUAUUCGAGUUGUAUAGGUUUGUAGAUAGGUAACUACAUGCUGCUAUAUAGUAUUCACGUUUUCCCUUAUAAUAACGCACACAAUUAAGUGCACUUUAUGUUCAAAUUAAUUUCGGUCUCAAAAUCUCUAUACGCGUCUCGAAAUAAACAACAAUUUGUUUAGUGGCGUUGCUCAGUAAAAUUAGGCAAUUGGUUUAAGUCAAAGUGCGAAUUGUGAAUGUCCAAUGAUUUAUCAAUUACACAAAGGCCGGUUAUUUGAACAUAAGCAACAUAUUGAGAUAAGCUUCUCAGCAUCCUUGGAUGUUAUUCGGUAGAACUAGUUACAACAUGUUUUUGCAAGAACAGUUUUAUGCAGCUGCGAUGAUUUAGUGUUUGAAACACAGUUCCACGUUGUUUGG